AUGGAAACGACAAUACAAAAACAAAUUAUUGACUUCUUUUCGGUUUACGAGGAAUUUUAUAAUACUUCCAAAACGUGUUUGAAAAUCUGCCAAAACUGCGCAAUAUCUAUUAAUAAAUUUAUUCAACGGUGCCGAAAUAUAAAAGAGGCGCAAGUAGCUGGGUCGCCUCUCGAAGAGUUCCGAGGAUUGCAGAGCAAAUUGUUAUCGUCUUUACAUAACCUUAUUUCUGAAGAUAUUCAAGAGAUAAAACAUCAACGGACUGUGAUAGAAGAAGCUUUCGAAAAUCUUUGUUUAAAACACAAAGUUUUACUAGGAAAUUGUAGAGGUAUUGAAUUGUCUCCAGAUCUGCCGUUAAUUAAAGGCACCUGUCUUCAACCUCCAUUAGAAGAUAUAUUAGAGUUAGCCGGCCACAGCAUAUCAUUUGGUGCAGAAAUCUGUGAGCAGAUCAACACAGCAUUAGCUGUUUUAUCAUUAAGAGGUUUAAACACAGACAACUUUUCAAAAUCAAAUAUAAUUAUGGAUCUACUAGGUUCUAUAUUAAAUUCCAUGCAAAAGCCACCUUCUACUAGCGAGGCAGAAAAGAAAGCUAUGAAAAAACAUAAGGAGGCAUUGGAACGUAAGCAGAAAGAGGAAAAGAGCAUUUUAAGUAAAUUUUGUAAGAGAAUUGAAGAGAAAAUUAGUGAUUUUAUAAAAGAUGGUAACAAACCGUAUCUACAGUUUGAUCCAAUGGAUCAGAUGUACAGAUCGGUAAUCAGAGAUGUGGCCACGACUGCUGGGGCACAAGUAUACUCAUUCGGCCAAGAGGGAGUCGACAGAUAUUGUGUAGUAUACCUCAAAGACAAAGGACCCUCCGAAGACGAAUUGGAAGUACGUAGAUCAGGUGGAAUAUGGGAUGAAGAAAAAGCAAUAGAAAUGGCCCAGAGACGUACCGAAAUGGAAAAGGAAGCCGCAUUAGAUAAUGAGAGAAGUAGGAAACGGAAACACGACAAAGAACAAUUGAGCGGUACAUUCUAUAAGCAGAAAUAUGCACAUUUGAUAGGUGAAGACGCGGCUAUAAACGCUGCUCAGAAAACAAACAUGAAUAAAACAUAUGGGGAGGUACCGAGCGAGAAUAAAAAGGAUUUGCGCUCUAUAGAACAGACGAUGGCUGAUAUUAAAGCUAAGAAGGUCAAGAAAGCCGAAACAGAGAAAUUGCUUGAAGGUAUUUGA